AUGGAGUUGCAAUUUGGAGUUUGCCGUGGCUAUCAUUUCCUCUUGAGAACUGCUGCUCAAUCAAUGAGUGGUGGCAUAUUAAAAAAGAUUCAAGGCUUGGUGUUGAAAUGGAUACUUAUAUUAUCUUGCCUGGCAUUUAUGAUUGUGGCUGGUGUAAAUGAUAAAACAACGGAGCUACCUUCUUUAUAUGAUUCUAGAUCACCUUUGGCCUUUGUUGUUGUUCAUGAUCUACCUCUACCAGCGAAUCUCCAUGUGUCAAAGCAUGUGCUUUCUCACGGUGCACCAAUUGAAGCACUUUCACCAGUCAAUCCUCCUUCAUACGGUCCUUUCACAAGUAAUGGCCAAUCCCCUACAAGUUCACAUUUAUCCAUACCAUUCAAGAAGAAGAGUGAAAUGAAACCUCCAAUUUCUAGCUUUAAAUAUAUUGCUCCUGUGCAUUCUUCUGCAGCUGCAGGCCCUUCUGCUUUGACUCAGCCACCGUUGUCUCCUUAUGCUUCCAAUUGUUGUAAACAAGACAUGGUGCUGAAAAGAGGCAGUAAGAGUUGCAACUGUGCAUAUCCCAUAAAGCUAGACCUUUUUCUUUCGAAUGUCUCUCAAAAUCCUAGUUGGAAUGAUUUUCUUGAUGAAUUAGCUGUCCAGCUUGGGUUGCGAAAUACCCAGAUUGAACUGAUAAACUUUUAUGUACUCAGUGUAUCAACAUUAAAUAUUUCAAUGAAUAUUACUCCACAUAAAGGCAUCAGUUUCUCUGCCAAUGAAGUUUCUAAAAUUAACUCAUCGCUUUCAAUGCAUAAGGUUCAACUAGACCCUCAAUUAGUGGGUGGCUAUCAACUUCUCAAUAUAACGUGGUUUGAACCACCAGCUCCUUCACCAGCUCCUAUUUUAGCUGCAUCACCUGUGAAAACACCUUUCUAUCAUUCACCUACUGCUACAUCAUCAUCAUCAUCCAGUCCUUCAGGAAGGCAUUCGAAUCUGUUUCUUAUUCUUGGAAUUGCUAUUGGCAUAAUCUUCAUUGCUAUCAUAUCUGUACUUAUAUUCUGUUUAUGUACAUUCCUGCCAAAAGCAAACACUCCUCCCAUUGAAACUGAAAAGCCAAGGACAGAGAGUACAAUUUCAGCUGUGGGUUCUCUUCCCCACCCAAGUAGUACACGAUUUAUUGCUUAUGAAGAGCUUAAAGAAGCAACAAACAACUUUGAAACAGCAAGUGUACUUGGAGAAGGAGGGUUUGGCAGAGUUUUUAAAGGUGUCUUGAAUGAUGGUACUCCUGUAGCAAUUAAGAGGCUUACAAGUGGAGGGCAACAGGGUGACAAAGAGUUUUUGGUUGAGGUUGAGAUGCUUAGCCGGUUGCAUCAUCGUAACCUUGUAAAACUAGUGGGAUACUUCAGUAAUCGUGACUCAUCACAAAAUUUACUUUGCUAUGAGCUUGUCCCUAAUGGAAGUUUGGAGGCUUGGCUUCAUGGUCCUUUGGGAAUUAAUUGUCCUUUGGACUGGGACACCAGAAUGAAAAUUGCGCUUGAUGCUGCAAGGGGACUUUCAUACCUGCAUGAAGACUCGCAGCCCUGUGUCAUACAUAGAGACUUCAAGGCAUCCAACAUAUUGCUUGAGAACAACUUUCAUGCUAAGGUUGCAGAUUUUGGUCUUGCUAAGCAAGCACCUGAAGGCAGAUCUAAUUAUUUGUCUACUCGUGUCAUGGGGACAUUUGGGUACGUAGCUCCUGAAUACGCCAUGACUGGACACCUACUUGUUAAAAGUGAUGUUUAUAGCUAUGGCGUUGUCUUACUGGAACUGCUUACUGGUAGGAAGCCUGUGGAUAUGUCACAGCCAACUGGACAAGAGAACCUUGUUACUUGGGCUAGGCCAAUCCUUCGAGAUAAGGACAGGUUGGAAGAGAUUGUUGAUCCAAGCCUUGGGGGAAAGUAUCCCAAGGAAGAUUUUGUACGUGUUUGCACUAUUGCUGCAGCCUGUGUUGCUCCCGAAGCAAACCAACGACCCACAAUGGGUGAAGUGGUGCAGUCACUUAAAAUGGUGCAGCGCAUCACAGAAUACCAUGAUUCUGUAUUAGCCUCAUCCAAUACUCGAACCAACCUGAGACAGUCCUCUAGUACUUUUGAAUUUGAUGGAACAUCUUCUGUGUUCUCUUCGGGUCCUUACUCUGGUCUAAGUGCCUUUGAAAAUGACAACAUUUCUAGGACGGUGGUUUUCUCUGAAGACCUUUGUGAAGGACGAUGA